AUGACACACCAAGAAACCCUAUACCUGUUUGGGGACCAAACGUUCGACGUGGAGCCACAUUUGCCGAAGCUACUAGAUGGCAAGAACAACAAUGUGGUAUUGAAAGAAUUCCUCGGAAAGGCGUAUGAUGCCUUGCGCACACAGAUAUUUCAACUACCUAAAGACGUUCGCGAAGAUUUGCCUAGAUUCACAAGCAUUGAAGAUGUUCUCCUUUGGAAGCGGUCACAGGGAAACCUCCGCUGUGUACCAAUGGACAUGGCCAUCACUUGCAUGUACCAAUUGGGAUCUUUCAUCAUGAAUCAAACUGGAAACAAAUAUCCAAAGCCAGAGGAUGCCUGCAUUCUUGGUCUUUGCACAGGCGCUCUGGCUGCUGUGACAGUCAGCUGCUGCCGAAGCUUCUCAGACUUAGUACCGAGGGCGGUGGAAGCUGUUCUAGUUGCCUUUAAUGUCGGUGCAUGUGUUACCAAUAUGAAGAGGCGUCUUAUUUCUCCGCCUGAGAUGUCUCGGACAUGGUGCAUGAUGGUAGCCGGUCCAUCUGCUGCUGAUGCCGUGCGCAAGUUCUGCGACGAAAGCGUAAGUGGGAAUUUUCCAUUCAUCAGUGCAUACACACCUAGCGGUUUGGCUGUGAGCGGCCCGCCAAGCUCUCUUGAUGAAUUGAUAUCAUCCGCUCACUUUAAGGGGCUGAAGCACAAGGCCAAAGCAGUAUAUGCUCCUUACCACGCACCACAUCUUUAUUCGAAAGUAGAUAUCGAAGACAUACUAGCCCCGCUUGCACUUGAUAGCGGGGUAGAGCCAGUCGCCAAAAUCCCUGUCAUGUCCAGCACUGGUGGCUGGAUUGAGGGGACAAACUUUAAAGACCUCCUUGAAGUAGCGUUGGAGCACAUUCUUCUUCAGCCUAUUCGCUGGAAUGGCAUUCUAGAAGGGGUUCGGGCACGUCUCGGAGGCUCCCUGGAAACGAAGAAGUGCGAGGUUGAGCUUUUCGGAUCCCAAGCUGAUCAGCUUAUCUAUGCGGCGCUAAAGCAGCCGACACUAGGGCGGACACUGGCCCACCGACCUUCGCUUGAGCGACUCUCAUCUGACGCAGAGACUGCACAUGAAUGUACAACUCAAGCCAGGCCAAAGAUUGCCAUUGUUGGCAUGUCCGGGAGAUUCCCAGGUGGUGCCAAUAACAACGAGGCGUUUUGGGACCUUCUCCGUGAUGGACUUGAUGUGCACGAGGAGGUCCCGCCUCUACACUGGUCCAAGGCACAUGUCGAUCCAGCAGGAACACGAAAGAAUACCAGCGCAACGCCAUACGGUUGCUGGCUGAGUGACCCCGCCGCCUUUGACGCUCGCUUUUUCAACAUUUCUCCACGAGAGGCACCCCAAGUCGACCCCGCCCAGAGAAUUGCCCUAAUGACAGCAUACGAGGCGCUGGAACAGGCAGGUGUGGUUCCGGAUGCCACACCAUCAACUAGAAGGGACCGAGUUGGUGUCUUUUACGGUGUUACGAGCAACGACUGGAUGGAGACCAACAGCGCACAGAAUAUCGAUACUUACUUCAUCCCCGGUGGUAACCGAGCCUUUAUUCCAGGCCGAAUCAACUAUUUCUUUAAGUUUAGCGGUCCUAGCUACGCUGUCGACACGGCCUGUUCAUCCAGUCUUUCUGCCAUCCACAUUGCCGUCAACUCUCUAUGGCAGCGUGAUAUCGAUAUGGCUAUUGCAGGUGGUACUAAUGUUCUAACAAACCCAGAUUUUACCUCUGGGCUGGAUCGAGGUCACUUCCUAUCUCGCACUGGCAACUGCAAGACGUUCGACGACGGCGCUGAUGGCUACUGCCGUGGCGAAGGAGUUGGCACUGUGAUCCUCAAACGGCUCGAGGAUGCAGUGGCUGAGAAGGAUCCCAUCCUAGGCGUGAUUCUCGGUGCUUACACAAACCAUUCUGCCGAGGCAGAGAGCAUCACACGACCUCAUACUGGCGCCCAGCGUGCUAUAUUUUCCAAAAUUCUCCACACUAGUGCCGUCGAGUCUAAUAGCGUCGGAUACGUUGAGAUGCACGGUACAGGAACACAGGCUGGAGAUGCUACCGAGAUGACCAGUGUGCUCAAUGUAUUUGCACCAGAAGGACAGGUGGCGCGUCAAAACCCUGUUUAUCUUGGCUCUGCGAAGUCUAACAUUGGGCACGGAGAAGCGGCUUCGGGUGUGUCGAGUCUAGUAAAGGUGCUUUUGAUGAUGAAGAAUAACUGCAUUCCACCUCAUAUUGGUAUCAAGACCAAGAUAAACUCGAAGUUUCCCACCGACCUAGCCGAGAGGAACGUUCACAUUGCCAGAGAGGCUAUUCCAUGGCAUUCGGUCGACUCAAAGCCCAGGCGUGCAUUUGUUAACAAUUUCUCCGCUGCGGGUGGUAACUCGGCCCUCCUCUUGGAAGAAGCCCCAGCGCCAGUUCUGGAGGAGUACCAGAGCGGCCCCAGCCCGAAUCUCGUGGCUGUUUCUGCCAGGACGCCUGCGUCCCUUCAGGGCAAUCUCUGGUCCUUGAAGGGGUUCCUGCUUAACCCUAACCAGGAGAAUGUCUCCGUAGGUCAGCUUUCGUAUACUACGACCGCCCGGCGCAUUCACCACCCACACCGUGUCAUGCUCGUCGGAUCCUCAGUCGAUGAACUCCUUGCGCAGAUUGACGUCGCCCUUCGUGACCAGACGGGUAUGACCCGUGCUAAGGUUAAGAAACCGAAGAUGGUGUUCGGCUUUACUGGACAAGGCGCACAGUUUCCUGGAAUGGGCCGCCAAAUGAUGGAAACGUUCGCAUUGUUCCGCACGGAGCUUCGUCAACUCGACCAUGUUUCCCGCAGUCUUGGCUUUCCGUCCAUCAUGCCUGUGUACAUGGCAGCAGAGGACCGGUCUCUGGACGACUUUCCCCCAAUCCAAGUUCAGCUUGCCAGUGUCUGUAUGCAGAUUGCGCUAGCACGGCUCUGGGCUUCGUGGGGUAUCUUGCCGGAGGCCGUUGUUGGCCACAGCUUGGGAGAAUACGCGGCCCUUAAUGUUGCAGGUGUCUUGUCUGACUCAGAUGCCAUCUAUCUUGUUGGUACACGGGCCCAGCUGCUUCAAGACCUCUGCACCCGCGGAACACACUCAAUGCUUGUUGUUCGUGGAUCGGCUGCUACCAUCUCCGCGACGCUUAAGAAUACACCGCAUCAGAUUGCCUGCAUGAACUCCCCCAUUGAGACUGUUUUGGCCGGACCGGACGGCGAAAUAGCCAUGGCAAACCAGGUGCUCGGCGAUGCCGGUAUUAAGACCACUAAGCUCAAGACUCCUUACGCAUUCCACUCAUCCCAAGUCGAUCCCAUCCUCGCCCCAUUCGAGGAGGCUGCUGCUUCGGUCCGGUACCUUGCGCCAAAAUGUCCAGUUUUGUGCCCGCUGAAUGGAACCCUCGUUACUGCUGAGGGAACUUUCGGACCAGUCUACCUUGGUCGCCACUGCCGCGAGUCUGUCAAUCUGCUCCAGGCUCUUCAAACGGCUCAGCAAAAUGGCACCAUGACAGAACAAUCCAUCUUGCUCGAGGUCGGUCCUCACCCCGCCGUUUCAGGUAUGGUCAAGGCGACGUUGGGCCCGCAGACGACUGUCAUCUCGGCAUUGAACCGUAAAUCUGCUCGGGAUGUGCUCGCUGACGCCUUGAAGGUAGUCUACCAGGCUGGCGCCGAUGUAGUUUGGGCAACCUAUCACAACGACUUCAAGGCAUCCCAGAAAGUUAUUAACGGGCUGCCUGCUUAUAGUUGGGAUCUUAAGCCUUACUGGAUCCAAUACGUCAAUGACUGGUCUUUACGCAAAGGUGACCCGGCCCUAGCUGUUCCCCAAGUUGAAGAGAAGAAGACAGGACUUGAAAGCACCACCAUCCACCGGGUCGUAGAGGAGUCUUCAUCCGAUGACGGUGCCAAAGAGCAUAUUGUUGUCGAGGCAGAUAUAGCACGACCAGAUAUGAACCCCCUCGUGCAGGGCCAUAUGGUUGAUGAUAUCCCACUCUGCACUCCAUCCGUGUAUGCUGACAUGGCACUCACACUGGGAAGGUAUCUUGUGGGCCGCCGACAGCCGGUGUCAGAGGUCAAAAAGCAGGUCGACGUGUCGGAUAUGUCGAUUUUCAAGGCUCUUAUUGCUAAGCCACAGGGCCCACAGCCGCUUCAGGGACAUGCUGACGUAGAUUGGACGAAAAAUCAAGCUGCCAUGAAAUUUGUUAGCUUUGAUGCUAAGGGCAAACCACAAGAACAUGCUAAAUGUACUAUUCGCUUCACAGACCGCUCAAUUUUGCUGAACAAGCUUCAAAAUGAAUCGGCUGCUAUCAAGGCUCGCAUGCAGAAUCUCCGUCGUGGUAUCGCUAAGGAGACAGCCGCUCGUUUCAACCGGCCCAUGGUCUACCGCAUGAUUCGUCCACUCGCCCAAUUUCACGAUGACUACCGUGCUAUCGACGAGGUGGUCCUCGAUAGUACUACCCUAGAGGCAUCUGCUAGUGUCAGCUUCGGCUCCAUUAAGAAAGGUGGGCAAUUCGCGCUGCAUCCCGCUAUCAUCGAUGCCUUCACACAAUCCUGUGGAUUUACCAUGAACUGCAAUGACCAUUGCGAUCUGGAUACCGAGGUAUUUAUGAAUCACGGUUGGGGGCGUUUCCAAGUAUUUGAGGACGUGCAUUACGAUCGACCAUAUACCUCGUAUACGCGCAUGUUCGAGGGCAAAGAUAAACUCUGGCAUGGGGAUGUGGUGAUUUUCGACGGUGAUACUAUUGUGGCAGCGUUCGAGAAGAUCGCCAUCCAAUGCGUCCCUCGACGGGUUCUUCGCGUCAUCCUUUCUCUCGAGAGUGGUGCCAAGUCGAAGAAGGUAGCUCCUGCUCCUUCUCAGACAUCAGCUCCUGUCAAAACGGCGAAGACAGUAAAGGCUAUCGAAACUCACGUCAGGACCCAGGAUCUUCCCGCCCUGACUCCACAGAUAGCAUCUUCGGGCCCUUCAAAGGUCUCUAUCGCCUUGCAGAUUAUCUCCGAUGAGAGUGGAGUUAGCUUAGAUGAGCUUACCGACAGUAGUGCCUUCGCUGACUUUGGUGUCGAUUCAUUGCUCGGACUAACUAUCUCGGCACGAUUUAGGGAAGAACUCGAUUUGGAUAUUGAAUUUGACGCCAUUUUUGUCACUUAUCCAACAAUUGGCGAAUUGAAGAGCGUCCUUGAGCCGAAGGAGGUGGCCAAAGCCAAAACCGUCAAGAGUUACUCGCCGGCUCCCACCACUUACCCAGGCCCUCCUGCACCGAAUGUGGCGAAAGAGCUAGUAGCCUCUUCACCUCUUAGUGAGGGACCAGUGGUCGUCUUGAAAAGUCACAAUGAGAGUAGCGUUAUCGACUUCAACCGCGCCCUAAACAUUGUCUCAGAGGAGAGUGGGAUUGCAGUUGAGGAGCUGACCGAUGACACUCACUUUGCCGACUCAGGCGUCGACUCACUCCUUUCACUCGUUAUUGUCAGUCGUUUCCGUGAGGAGCUGGAACUGGAUUUCCCUAUGGAUUCUCUUUUCGUUGACUGCCCGACUGUUGCCGAUCUGAGGUCUGCAUUGCAUGGAAAUUCAACUUCCGCAUCAUCCUAUUCAGAGGAUUUUACGGAGAUCCAGAGCAUCCCAAAAGCAUCAAUUGUGUUAGGUGAGAAGGCUUUUGAGACCUCCAUUCAAGUGCGACCCAUCAGUGCAACCCCUUCAUCUUCUGAGGCAUCCUCGGAUACUGAAGAUACUGAAUUCAUGGGAAGCCCAAUCGUUGUACCUCGAGCCAGCUCUCUUGUCCUGCAAGGAAACCCCAAAACAGCAGCGAAGACCCUGUUUCUAUUCCCUGAUGGUUGCGGCUCCGCUUCCUCAUAUGCUGCUAUCCCUAGCUUGGCCACUGACAUAUGUGUUGUUGCUCUCAACUGCCCAUUCCUGAAGGAGCCCGAGAAGUUGCGGGCUGCUCAUCUUGACGAUGUCAUCAUCGACGGCUAUCUCGCAGAGAUACGCCGCCGACAACCCUUCGGGCCAUAUCACCUCGGCGGCUGGUCCGCGGGUGGAAUCCUUGCCUACCGCGCCGCCCAAAUUCUGACAAGUAGCCAGGAACAGGUUCUUAGCUUGAAUCUCAUCGACUCUCCACCCCCACUACACGGUCUCGACCGCCUUCCUCCACACUUUUAUGAAUACUGCGAGAGCCUCCACCUGUUUGGCCAUAAGGCAUCCGGAGUAAGCGGUGGCAAGCCUCCUGCGUGGCUCAUCCCUCACUUCAACGCUACUAUUGAUUUGCUGCAUGAGUACAGGGCAGCACCUAUGCAGCCAAGUCGCUUUUACGACGUUCCUAAGGUGAACAUCAUCUGGGCAGCCACUUGCAUUGCGGAUAACCCACGUCUACCAAAGCUGGCACCACACCCGGAUGAUACCGAAGGAAUGAAGUUCCUGCUGGAGCGUCGUACAGAUUUCGGAGGUAAUGGCUGGGAGGCCUUGUUCCCAGGUCGAGAGAGGGACAUCGUUCUUGAUAGGGUUGAUGAAGCCCAUCAUUUCUCUAUGAUGCGUGAACCGUACUCUCAGAAACUUGCGCAAUUCCUUCGAAAGUCUAUGGCGUAGCCUUCAUGAUGAAAAUAUGGUCAUUUGGAGUUCUAUUACAUCUUAAUUCGCUCUUAUUUCCCAUUUUAUGAUUUAGCAAUGGUCACCGAAGAUGCCAAAGAGCGCGGCCCCACUCAUUGCGUCACACUGGGUUUCCUUAGGAUAUGUCUUAUUUAUUGUACUAUGCUUCUUUUUCAUUCUGAAGAAUGUUAAGAUUCCUUUCACCAUGCCGAGUCUUCUUUUAUUCAGGAAUUCCCAGACUUCUUUACAAGUUUCACGUUCUACAGAGGAUUUUUAGAUAUAGAUGGCCUCGUUUUUAGACACUCCCAUCAAGUACACUUACUACAGUUAUAUCGUAUAUGUAGCACACCUUAUUCCGUUAAAAUAUACUUGAUGUCGGUUUUAGACGAUAGGGAGAGGCCACUGGGG